UAAUCUCUACGUUCUUCAUUUCUCAAUUCUCAUAUAUUAUAGUGUCCCAAUAAAGAAACCAUAUUAAUCUUCAAUUAAUUUGUUGUGUUAUAAUAUAUCCCUAUAAGAAUGGAGGUUUCUUCAUAUCGUUCAUCUUGCAAACCUACUAUUCCUAUGGGAGUGUUUUGCAGAAGAAGGGGCCAUAUUGUGAGAGCAAGUAAUGGAAGAGACAAUCACGUUGGUAAAGGUAAACUUGUGGACGAGAACAUGAUAGUGCUGAGAUUGCGUAUAAAGGAGAUGAAGAUGUUAGAGAUGAAUAGAGAGGCACCUAGUAACUGGAUGGAUUGGGAGAAGCAGUGUUAUGAUCACUACGAUGAAGAUGUUUGCAAUGCAAUAGGGUUGUUGCAGAGUUAUUUGAUGGGGGUUAGGCCUAGUGUUGCACUAGGGAUGCUAACACUUGUAGCAUUGAGUGUUCCGAUUUCUUCUACAACCCUUUUGUUUUGUGCCCUCCAAAUGGGGAAGAGCUUCUUAUCUAGCUUUGGCUUAUGCUAAAGAGAGAAUAAUUAAUAUGCGCACAAGGUUAAUUUUAGUUGACCCAAUGUUUUGAUUUACUUGCAUGAGUCUUGCUGUUAGCAGUGGAAAUUAUACAAGUGAAUAAGUUGUACUUGAAUCCAGAAAGGACCAAUGUUAAAGUAUAUUAUUACUCAAA